AGCGAGCCUGUUUGGCUCAAAUAGUAGCGAUGUGGGCUCCCGUACGGGAAAGUAUGUUUUUGGGGCGAGGCGCCUUGAAGAACUUUGCCCGAUUCAAGAGCUUGACGCUGCAGACGAUCAACAAGCAGGUUCUUGAAGCUGAAUAUGCCGUUCGGGGCAGGCUACCAACUCGAGCAGCUGCAAUACAGCAAGAAAUAUCACAGGGCAUGUCGAAAUACCCAUUCAAAGAGUUGGUGUAUUGCAACAUUGGCAAUCCACAGCAAGUAGGCCAAGAGCCCCUAACCUUCAACAGAGAAGUUCUUGCGCUGUUGACAGCUCCUCAUCUGCUUUCCAAUUCAGAAAAGCUGGUCGAACAGGGCCUUCUAUCAGCAGAGGCAGUAGCUCGCGCAAAUGAAUACCUUGAAAAGAGUGCAAAGGUAGGAGCAUACACUGAUUCAGUUGGCUUCGAGUUUAUACGCGAGGAGGUUUGUGAUUUCAUUUUCAGUCGUGAUGGAUUUCGCCCUGAUGCAAAGAAUGUAUUUCUGACCAAUGGAGCCAGUGAGGGUGCUCGUUUGGUGAUGUCUGCAUUGGCAGCAAAACACCUUGGCACGAUUGGGUUUAUGGCGCCCAUUCCGCAGUACCCACUCUAUUCAGCCUUGUCAACGCUGAUGGAUUCCGAACUCGUGGGAUACUACCUCGAUGAGGAUAAGAAUUGGGCUGUGAGUUUGCCUGCUUUGAAUGCUGCUUAUGAUGAUGCGGUGAAGAGAGGAAUAGUUGUUCGUUCUUUGGUUGUGAUAAAUCCAGGCAAUCCAUCUGGCAACAAUCUAACGGCGGAUACUUUACGAGAUGUGGUCAGGUUUGCCAAGGAAAAGAACCUGGUGUUGAUUGCUGAUGAGGUUUACCAAGAGAACAUUCUUACUAAGCAUCCCUUCAAGUCCAUGUCUAGCAUCAUGCACGAGCUCAACCUAGACCUGGAAAUUGUAUCUUUGCAUUCGCUGUCGAAAGGCUUCUUGGGAGAAUGUGGAGUGCGUGGUGGGUAUUGUAUUUUUGAGAAUUUUGAUCCUGAGAUCAUGCAACAGUUUGUGAAGCUCAAGUCAAUUGAACUAUGCUCCAAUACUGUUGGACAAUUAUCAGUUGGGCUUAUGGUACGCCCACCUGUUGCUGAUGCUGCCACUUUGUAUGAGAAGGAGAAGAACGAAGUACUCGGAUCGCUUAGGCAGAAAGCAGAGAUUCUUCGUGAAACACUGAGUGCUUUGGAAGGAAUCUCCCUAUCUGAAAUAGGUGGAGCUAUGUAUGCUUUUCCACAGGUCAAGCUGCCACAAGCAGCAAUAAAAGCAGCAGAAGAACAGGGAGUGGCGCCCGAUGAAUUCUAUUGUAUGCAGGCGCUAGAAACCACAGGGCUGGUGGUCGUGCCAGGCUCUGGCUUCCGGCAAGUAGAAGGUACUUUCCACUUUCGUACCACCUUUUUGCCAACAUUGGAGAAAAUGCAACGAGCCAUGAAAUCUUUUGCCGACUUCCACAAUGACUUCAUGAAGCGCUACUCUUGAUUAUAUAGCUGGCGCCAUCAAAAAUGUGGAGAAAAGAGCAGUAGCGGAAAUGCUGUAAUUGUUCAUUUGGAGGGGUACAGGUCUUCAAGGCGAAGUGCAGUGGAGAAAAACACCAUGGAGCCGCAGCUUUGCUCAGGAG